AAAUUGUUAUCUCUAGUGAUUGUAACCGAUCGAGCCAUCAGGGACUUAUGUGCUACAGUGGAAAACUUGAUGCUGUUAGUCAAACUUGGCAAUUGGCAUUCGACGACAACGCCUUUCAUCUAGACUACCCACGUAAAUCUGCCACCCCCUCGCGAAUUCCCGUCGUCGCUCCGGCGUGCCCUUCCCCGGAGUUAUUCAUGACCCUCGUUGCUGAGGUGUCAACCACAUGCCAGGCGCAAGGAUGAGAAAGAAAUCUAAUAGUAGAAGAAUUAACCCCCUACCUCAACAACCUUCAAUGGCUUCUGCCUCUCCUUUUCUUCUCCAUUACAGAAAGAUCUCCGUCCUUGUCUUUUUAAUCCUAGUUGUUUGUUUAAUAGUAUUUUUAAAUACUUCAUCGACAAAGGAAGGCGUGUUUCAAUCCGAUAUGCCGUCUAAUCAGCUUUACACAGUCGAAGUGAUCAAUGAGUUCCCUCACGAUCCUGUCGCUUUCACUCAGG